UGGCCAUCUUACAUUUUAAUUAGCUAAUUGAUUUUGUACUACAGAAUGACAGUAGACGCGAGUUUGGCGAUAGUUUGGUGAUAGUGCGUGGCUCGAGGCUUGAACAAAAACAGAACGAGUUUUAGUCUUCAUUUGACAGUAAAAACGCCUUUUCAUUACUCGAAACUAACUUGACAUUUUUUUCAGAAGGUGGUGGUGAAAGCAGACAAUACCGAUUAUGGAAUUCAAGUUCAGGGCAGCUGCUGUUCUAGUUCUUCUGGCAAUGAUUCAGAACUCAGGAGCUCAAGACAUAGCCGAAUGUAUCGUGACUGACUUUGCGGCUGGCGAGAUCAUGUAUGCUUACAGUGGCAAUGUCGCCACCGGGAGUCGACCCUCUGACCCUGUGAUUAAAGUGACUGUUGGAACAAACACUGACGUGUCCCCUUUGUAUGCCAUUUCGAUGAACUCCGCAUCUUCCGAGUCCAAUCGGGAGCAAGAGUGCUGGCCCGACCUGAAACUGUGCAGGGCUACCUUGGGAAUGUUGCAGCUGGCGGCUGUUCGUCAGUACCUAUUCGGAUCAUCCGAGGCUGUGGCUACUGGUUCGAAUCCGAACCGACUCCGAAUCGCCGCAGGUGAAGGAGGGACCUUCCAAGACUGCUACGUGGUGGGACGCAGAUUGAAAUUCAUGAAUGACAGCAUUUACUCGAGCAACAGUCUGACUGAUGCGAGCUAUGAGUUCAAUGCUGGGGGCAUUACAGGCGAGGGGAACUUCUUCGGGGUCACUCAGCGACCUACUUCGGUUAACUUGUACGAAAGUGGAGUCGACUUGGUUGGCGUGCAGCUCACAUACAGCGUCACUGGAUCGGGUUCACAAAAUGCAAAUUUCGGACAAGUAUCAGGAACCGCAGCCUCGAGCGGCUCCUUCAACCCUCUGGACAUUCAAGAAGUGACUGUUUACUACACAAAUUUGAGCGGAACCAUUGUCGGGUCCACUUGCGGUCUGGAAAUCGUACACACCCCGGUGGGCGGUACCACGACAACUAUAUCUGGAGGAUGCACUACUAACCCGGUUGUAUUCACAUUCUCUUCUGGCUAUGCUUUCGCGGGUCUGGUUGGAUACACAGAUGGGACUGGUGGUAGUUUCGUCUUGCAACCCCUGGAGUACCAGCGGAUGCAGCCGAUGAUCUACUACUACGCUCGCACUCACAACAGUGUGACUCUACACGUGAACUCCUUCUGGCCCCUCUCUUCCUCACUCUCCUACUCUUACUCAAGGACCAAUGGCAUCUCAUCCCCCUCUGGACUCACAACCACUUCCACAUCCUCCAGUGGGUCAGCCGGCAACAACGGCAACACAGGGGAGAUAGCAGUGGGCCCUAUCGACACUGUGUGUGGGUGUGUGGACGUGGAUGUCACCAUUACUAACGAGUAUUCGGACGAUGGCACCUGGGAGUAUGCCUCCGGAAACUCGGACUCCAUAACCGCAUGGUCUUACGGGUACCAAAACAUGGGUUCUGAAAGUACGUCAACAACGCCCACUACCACUACCUACACCACCCCCUCUCAAUACUGGGUGGGGAGUGUGGCAGAUGAAUGCCCAGAGAAGUACAUGCGAUCCUAUCUUCCCAAUCUGGAGGGGGGUCAGUUCUUCAUAGACGGACUUUUGGGGGAGUCUACCGGGGCUCUAGCUGCAAAAUCAGACACAGAUUUCACCCCCAUCACGCAGGCUAUCAACACAAUCAUGGUCUACUUUUCUGCUAAUAACGUGGCAGGAAUCCAGCUGGGAUGGGAUGGUCAGAUGACUUAUUCCAUCGGGGACACGAAUCUGCCAUCCCCAGACAUCCUCGAAGCGCCUGCUGAAACCUACUUCAUGACAUUGUCAAUCAACGAUCUCAGUGGAGGGGGGCAGUCUCUAUCUGCUACCUAUGGACAGGCCAUUGGGCCCUGUUUCGUCGUGAACGCCCCAGUGCCAGAUGUUGCCAACAACUGGAUCAACGGUGGAAGUUUCUUCGACAUAAACUCGGACAAUGACGCGGACCAGUACCAGUUCUGGCUCUACCUCCCGGCAGACUAUGACGAGAUUCGGGCGGACAUCAGCGGCUACUUCCUGGUGGACAACGAGAACUACGGACUCACUCUCGCACCCCCCACCGGCAGCGGGGGAUUCAGCAGGGCUACAGUGGUGCAUGCCAAAUUGUACCAUCUGCAGGCGGAGCGGGGUUACACCAUUGAGUUCUGGGGAGAGUUCUAUGACGUCACUGGUCUGACAGGUGUCAACCUCACCUCUCAGCGCACAACCGACACAUUCACUUCACCCAAUGGAGUGAGAUACUAUUGUGAAGCGGAUGGUGACUCAUACGAGCAGAUCGAGUUCGAAUCUCUUCCGGACGUUGAGAUCCUUUUCGAGCAGACAGCAGAGGCUACUCAACUUCAGUCGACUGUGACCUCUAUGCAGAUGACCCCCACUGGCCCCAGCUCCCAGUCUUUCUUCUUCCCCAACACAGACUUCUUCCACUACGAGGCCAACGACAACAACUACCCCAAGUACGAUGGUUUCUCCGGCUACCCGCACGAGGCCAAGAUGUACCAGAGUUCAACAGGAGACACUUGUCUGAGCGGAGUGGCUUUGGGCUACAAAGGAGCAGAUGGUUCCGUCUAUUACCAGUGGGUUGCUGGCAAUGCCGUCGGUUCCGGAAACGCUAAUAACGAGUUUACAAUCGAAAUAGAUCAGAGGGCAACUGCAGUUUACGGACUGGUGGGUUCUCAGAACAGUUUCAAUUGUCUGGCUGCACUUCAAUUCGAAUGUUCGGCUGACUCGACCUUUAGCUGGGACUCAGCUGCAACCACUGUACAGAGGGAUGCCUUCCGCUUCGACGCAUUCGCAUGGUACGACACCACCACCCAGCAGCUGAUACAGACCCCCAUCUAUGUCCAGUGUCGCGUCAGGGCUUGCCUUAAUGGGGACACCCAAUUCUGCGUCAGAGCGAAUGAAACCAAUGCCUGCGGAAAUAAAAGAGCGAGGAGGGACGCUGCUACUCUGGGCCACGGGGAGCACUUCGAGGAGUCUAUCAUCACAGCCCCCACCCCCAUCAUCAUUCGGGAGAAGAGGGGGGCAGUGGAACCACUCAGCAUCGCGAGAGGGCCUAUCCACAUGCAGCAGCAGCCGCUAGAGGGCGCUCGAAUGGCAGCCGGCAUGUUCAGUCUGUUCGCCACCACUAUGCUACUCUCCAUGCUGGUGGUAGUCUACAAAGCAUACAAGCUCAGACACAACUACUACGCUGUCAAGGGAUACAUGAACAGGGAUACCACCUCUAAUACAAACAACCACAACUGAGCAGAACGGAAAAACCAUAUCAUACAUACACCAUCAAAAUGAGACCAUACAAGGAUGAAAGAACACUAUAAAUCUCCCAAAAGUGAGACCAUAACUAAACGAAAGACCAUACAUCUUCCUUCCGAGUGAGACCAUGAAAAGACAUCAGAUAGUUUGAUCAUAAUUAAACAACAAUAAUUUCAUCGGGUUCUUUUGGCGAUUCAAGCCACUGUAAUCUUAAAUGCUAUCCGUUUAAUGAUGUUAAUUAAUUGACUGCGCAAUUAUAUAUAGAGAAAAAAAACAGUUCCGUGGAAGCAUUCACCAUACAGUGACGCUCUAAUUCCAACAAGAUUUUAAAAAAUGUGAUGUAAAGAGAUACAUCAAAGUUGAUGCCAGUCAAAUAAUUUCAUCCUUCAUUUUUAUAUUCAAUUUAUACAGGAAAAUUUUGAUUUGUA